AUGAUCUCGCAGGUCUCAUCAAAUACAUCGUCGCUCACGACGAAGGAAAGACACUACGCACAGCUCGCAGCAAAGCUAGGAACGCUGGCCAACUCGUUUGAAACCACCAAGCAGCACCUCAACCUGGCAGCCGAGCAAGCCUUCUACAUGCGCAAACUCGGAAUUGCACAAGCGUCGACACUCGGCGCGCUUGCCGCGGACGCCGAUAGCACACCUUUGACGGCUACGUUCCGGGUGAAAGAUCAGAAGCACCCCUCUUCAGUCGCCGCGGUACUUCAGUCGGCAACAUGGGAGGUAGGCCUAGGGUUACGGAAAGCUCUCACACCCCGCUCGACUUGCUCCACCGCCUUCAUCUCAGCCGCCUCGCAUUCCGACCCGCCCUCCCUCUUGCCUCCAGCGUCCCGCCUACGGACGGAAGACAUCAAAAGAUCUCGUCCACUAGCUGGCAACACCCUGUCGACGGUGACGAUGGCGGAUCACGGUAAUACAAGCAACGAUACGUUGACGCACAAUCCUGGUCUGUCAAUCUCAACACGUCCCGUCACUUCGCAGCACGAUGGUCUUUCAGACCGCUCGGAGAGCCAACAUGCUUUUCGCUCUGCACCUAGCACCGCACGUCCUCGCCUCGCCGGCAGACGCACCAACUCGGCAAAGUCGGAGGUAAGACGUCUUUCCUCCCUCUUUCUUCCCCCGCCUACCCACUCGGCCGACCAAGACGACCCAGCAGCAGCAUCUUCGUCGCGUCUUGGAGAAUUCCUCAAGGAGCCUUUAAGUCCCAUACGCUCCUUUUAUGGCGGCAUCACUGGCCAAGCUGGCCCUGGCUCUCGCAGGAGUCGUAGGAAUAAGGUACGCGCUUAUGAUGAUGCUAGAUUCGAGGACGAGAUGAACCUUCCAGGGGCGAGCGGAAACGGCGUACGUGUAUGGUACGAGUCCUACACCACCAUCGACUGGAUUCACGAUGCCAUCAAGGAGAGCUCGCGCCUUCGUCGCAUUCGCAACCUCAAGGGCGUCCGCGGGUUUGUUGCAAACAGUUGGGAUCGCCUACAAGGCUGGAUCAUCGUCACCAUUACCGGCAUUGUGACCGCCUUGAUCGCAGGGUGCAUCGUCAAGUCCGAAGCUGUCCUUUUCGAUCUCAAGGACGGCUACUGCGCCCGAGACUGGAGGCUCGCAAAACGCUUCUGUUGCCCUUACGGAGGCGCUCCGGACUGGGAUCACCCCUCGGUCACUGCUUCUUCCUGGUAUUAUCGCACGCCUUUCAUGUCCAACGCUGUCCCAGGCUCAGCCUCACCCGCCCAAACCGCACAUUCCCUACUUUCCGGCCUUGGAAAGGGCAACCGCGUCUUAGGUGGCUGGUCAGCACCUGUGGCUGGCAGUCCUGCCUGGUCCAAGUUGGCAUCUACCUCCGCUAACCUCGUCAACACCACUUUGCUUGCUUCGAUCGCCCCCGUUGAUUCCGAGACCGAGACCUGUCCCGGAUGGAUCACCUGGCGUCAAAAGUUUGGCUCCCCCAAUCAUGACAACUGGUUUGCCGGCUACUCGAUGUAUUUUGCCGUAGCGGUUUUGUGGGCCUCCAUCGCCAGCAUUCUCACAAUCUAUCUCACCUCCAGCGAGCUCUACCUCAAGCCUCAAGAUGCUCCUUCGCCAACGAGUUCAAUCGCGAAUCAGAAACUAGCUGCGGAGCAUCAGGAUAUCGACGACCCGGACCGUGUGCCCAACGAGACCACCGCUCUCUUAGGUCAAUCCUCUUCCUCUACUCCCGCCGCCGCCGCUGUCAAGAAGGCAGAUCGUGUGACGUCGAGGAACUUUGCUCGCCUCGCCAACGAUCAACGAGCAAAGGAUGCGCUCCUGCCCAGAAAGGUGCUUUACUUUGCAACAGGCUCAGGUAUCUCCGAAGUCAAAUGCAUCCUUAGCGGCUUUGUAAUCCACGGCUACCUCGGCUUUUGGACUCUCUUCACCAAGUCGGUGGGUCUCACCCUCUCCGUCGCCUCGGGCCUCUCGCUCGGUAAGGAAGGCCCCUUCGUCCACAUCGCUUCCUGCGUCGGCAACAUCGUUUGCCGUAUCUUUCCCAAGUACGAAAAUAACGAGGGCAAGCGUCGCGAGAUGCUUUCUUGCGCCUGCGCGGCUGGUGUCGCAGUCGCUUUCGGUGCUCCCGUCGGCGGCGUGCUCUUCUCGCUCGAAGAGGUGAGCUACUACUUUCCCAGCAAAGUCAUGUUCCGCUCCUUUUUCUGCGCCAUGGUCGCCGCUGCUACCCUUCGCGCCAUCGAUCCCUUCGGCACCGGCAAGAUCGUCCUAUUCCAGGUCACCUACGACAAGGAUUGGCAUUUCUACGAGAUGCUCUUUUUUGUCCUCAUUGGCAUUUUUGGCGGCCUGUACGGUGCCUACUUUACAAAACUCAACAUGUUUUGGGCCAAGAACGUCCGCGCAAAGACCUGGAUGGCCCGUCAUCCGAUCCUCGAGGUCGUCUCCAUCACCAUCGUCUCCGCUGCUUUCUCCUACUUCAAUGGCUACACGCGCAUGGGCGGGGUCGAGCUCAUCGCCGACCUGUUCAGCGAGUGUCAUGAGCACGAAUCGCUCGAAGGGCUCUGCGUCUCGCAACCCUCGCAGAUCGGCCCGCUUGUCACUGCCAUUUCGAGCGCUAUGAUACUCAAGGGUCUGCUCACGAUCAUCACGUUCGGCAUCAAGCUGCCCGCUGGUAUCUUCAUUCCAACGCUGGCUGUGGGCGCUUGCUUCGGUCGCAUCGUCGGCUUGCUCGUACAGUAUGUGCAGUGGACUCAUCCAGAUGCUGCCUUUUUCGGCUGGUGCCCUACCUCGGACUCGGCAUGCAUCGUACCAGGCGUCUACGCCAUGGUCGGAGCGGCAGCUGCGCUUUCCGGCGUCACCCGAACCACCGUCUCGCUCGCCGUCAUCAUGUUUGAGCUCACCGACACUUUGACCUACUCGGUGCCAGUCAUGCUCUCCAUUCUCGUAGCCAAGACGAUUGCAGAUGCACUCGAGCACAAGGGCAUCUACGAUCUGGUCAUCGACUUUUCCGGAUUACCCUACCUCGACAGCAAGACCGAGUACAUUUGGAAUGGUGUCAAUGUCGCCGAUGCAAUGGAAACCGAGGUGGAAGUGAUCAGUCUAGAGGCUUUCAACACUGUCCAGUCACUCAGCGAGAAGCUCGAUCGUCUCGCGCGGGGAUCGGGAUACACUGACGGUGGCUUCCCAAUCGUCUCGCGUGUCGCGACAUCUUCUCAAUCGGCAAAUCCGCCAGUCUCCCCCGGCCUCUCUGCGAGUAUCGGAUCGUUGAUGCCUGAUCACAGCCCUCGCUUGCCUAUUCACGACGACUUUGCAUCUUCGACGGCGACGGUAGCGUAUCAGAUGGUGGGCUACAUUGCGGCAAACGAGCUCGAGCAUGCCCUAGCCCGUGCUGUCAGAUCCGAUCCAGACGUGAAUCUGCAAACCGCACGAUGCGCUUUCAAGAACUUGCCCUUUGUCAGGGCCGAGCAUGAAGGCGAGGCAGGCAUCCGUGACUCGGUCCUCUUCACGGCUUCUGACCCGUUCGACCUCAGUCGUUACGUCGACAAAGCGCCCAUCACCGUGCAGAUUCACUCGCCGCUCGAAUUGGUGCAUCAGUACUUCACUCGCUUGGGUGUGAGGUACCUCAUCGUCGUCGACGAACGCGGUCUGUACAGGGGUGUCAUUUUCAAAAAGAGCUAUCUGAAGUUCUUGGCCGACAUGGAGCAAGAAGGCAAGGACGGGCACUGA